AUGGAUGCAUUCAUCACUGCCUUCGUCCUAAGAAUGUUCCCUACGUGGAUGCGAUCCGUGAUCGCGCCAUUCCUGCCCGCUAGGUAUCGACUGAAGAAUCAUCGCGCAAAAGCCGAACAAGUCUUAGCUGCUAAGAUAGCAAAGCACCAAGAAGCUCGACGAAGAAAGGAGAGGGGUGAGCCGGUCGAAGAGGAAGACACACUCAUGGACUGGAUGUUGGACAAUGGCAAUGAACAGGAGACCGACCUUGCUGAGAUGUCAAACCGCCAACUGGCUAUGACACUUGCAAGUGUCCACACUACAUCUACGAACACCGCAUCCUUCCUAUUCGAACUCUGCGCUCACCCUGAGUUCUUCCCCGUGCUACGGGAAGAAAUUGAAGAAGUUGCCAAGGAAGCAGGAAAAGACGCCAAGGUCGACAUCAGACGAUGGCACCCUCAGUUAGAGAAGAUGGAUUCGUUUCUAGUGGAGUGCUUCAGAGUUCAUCCCCCAAUUCUACUGAGCCCGCAGAGAGUAGCGCUACAGGAUUACACGUUGAGGGAUGGCACAUUCUUACCUAAGGGAUGCAGAAUCGCAUUCGCCAACGGAGAGCACCAAAUGGACCCCGCUAUCACCCCCAACCCAGAAGUAUUCGAUCCUAUGCGUGCCUACCGCAAGCGACACUCCGAUCCGGAUCAAUACGACAGGAACCAAGCAGUACUUACUGAUGUAAACAACAACCUAACAUUCGGAUACGGCAACCAAGCCUGCCCAGGAAGAUUCCUCGGAGUCGCCGAGGUGAAGUUGCUAGUUGCCCGAUUUAUCACCGAAUUCGACUUUAAGUACCCCGAAGGCAAAACGGUGCCGAGGACCUUGUCUGCAGAUGAGAAUGUGUUCUUCGAGCCUAGCGCGACUCUACUAAUGAGGAAGAGGAAAGUCGAUUAA